AUGCCCAAGUUCACCAGCAUCAGAGCUGUUGUAGUCCUCCACGAGGACGAUGGCGUUCGUGCAAUUGCCACUCUUACGACCGACGAUCGCAAGAGCUAUGGUGUCAACCUGGAGCUCGAAGAUGGGAAGCUCAUGGUUCGGACCAAUCGAGAGGUCAUGCCGAUUGUUGUAUUGGGUCCAAUGUUGAGCAUUCCGACAACGCUCAACAGCUCUACCGAGAGCGAAGAAAGCACCGUCGAAUUGUUGGAGCCUGUGGCUUUGUUGGAGCAGGAGGAUUCUGUUGAUUUGUUGGCCUCUGAAGCGGAGUCUGUUGAGUCUGUUGCCUCGGACGAGAAGAAGGAAGCCGCCAAGGAAGACACGAAGAAGGAAGCCGUCAACCGUCGCAUCGUGGAAUUGAUCCAGUCGUCCGAGGACGAGCUGUCGUCCGAGGAUGACAAGGUCGAGGAAAUCAAGCCAUUCCCCAAGACGAGAGCUACCCGCCGCAAUGCUGCUCCCAAGCCCGUCACGAUGCCAGUCAAGAGUGGUCGCCGCAACCCCACCCGCAAUCGGAGGGCUCGCCGUAUUGUCUACAAGGAGCGUGAGAGCAUUGACAGCAUUGAAUCGGCUGAAUUCGAGGAGGUCCCCUGUUCGCAGGACUUCUUUUGA